AUGGAUAAUCUGCUGCCUCAGUCCAGAUGCGCUUAUUUCAAGAAAUCCCCUCUCCAUGCCAUCUGGAGGUACCUCUGGCCGCUGAGGAGCCGCCGGGCGGAGGAGCAGGUUGCACGUUUUCAAAAAAUACCUAAUGGUGAAAAUGAAACAAUGAUUCCUGUGUUGACAUCCAAAAAAGCAAGUGAAUUACCAGUCAGUGAAGUUACAAGCAUUCUCCAAGCUGAUCUUCAGAAUGGCCUAAACAAGUGUGAGGUCAGCCAUAGGCGCGCCUUCCACGGCUGGAAUGAGUUUGAUAUCAGUGAAGAAGAGCCGCUGUGGAAGAAGUAUAUUUCUCAGUUUAAAAACCCCCUUAUCAUGCUACUUCUGGCUUCUGCAGUCAUCAGUGUUGUAAUGCAUCAGUUCGAUGAUGCCGUCAGUAUCACUGUGGCAAUUCUUAUUGUUGUUACAGUUGCUUUUGUUCAGGAAUACCGUUCAGAAAAAUCUCUUGAAGAAUUGAGUAAACUUGUGCCCCCAGAAUGCCAUUGCGUACGGGAAGGAAAGUUGGAGCACACGCUUGCCCGAGACUUGGUCCCAGGGGAUACAGUUUGUCUCUCUGUUGGAGACAGAGUUCCUGCUGACUUACGUUUGUUUGAGGCCGUAGACCUCUCCAUUGAUGAGUCCAGCCUGACCGGAGAGACCACCCCUUGUUCUAAGGUCACAGCUCCUCAGCCAGCUGCCACCAAUGGAGACCUGGCGUCAAGAAGUAACAUCGCCUUCAUGGGAACACUGGUCAUCUGUGGCAAAGCCAAGGGUAUUGUCAUUGGAACAGGAGAAAAUUCUGAGUUUGGAGAAGUUUUUAAAAUGAUGCAGGCAGAAGAAGCACCGAAAACGCCUCUCCAGAAGAGCAUGGACCUUCUGGGGAAGCAGCUCUCCUUCUACUCCUUUGGUAUAAUCGGUAUUAUCAUGUUGGUUGGUUGGUUACUUGGAAAAGAUAUCUUGGAAAUGUUUACUAUCAGCGUAAGCUUGGCUGUAGCAGCGAUUCCAGAAGGACUUCCCAUUGUGGUCACGGUGACUCUGGCUCUCGGUGUCAUGAGAAUGGUGAAGAAAAGGGCCAUUGUGAAAAAACUGCCUAUUGUUGAGACUUUGGGUUGCUGCAAUGUGAUUUGUUCAGAUAAGACUGGAACACUGACGAAGAAUGAGAUGACCGUGACGCACAUACUCACUUCCGACGGGCAGCAUGCUGAGGUUACUGGAGUGGGUUAUAAUCAGUUUGGAGAAGUGAUUGUUGAUGGUGAUGUUGUUCAUGGAUUCUAUAACCCAGCUGUCAGCAGGAUUGUUGAGGCUGGCUGUGUGUGCAAUGAUGCUGUAAUUAGAAAUAACACUCUUAUGGGGAAGCCAACAGAAGGGGCUUUAAUGGCUCUUGCGAUGAAGAUGGGUCUCGAUGGACUUCAAGAAGACUAUAUCAGAAAAACUGAGUACCCUUUCAGCUCUGAGCAAAAGUGGAUGGCUGUGAAGUGUGUGCACAGGACACAGCAGGACAGACCAGAGAUCUGUUUCAUGAAGGGUGCUUAUGAACAGGUGAUUCAAUACUGCACGACAUACCACAGCAAAGGGCAGACCCUUAGCCUCACCCAGCAGCAGAGAGAUCUGUACCAACAAGAGAAGGCGCGGAUGGGCUCGGCAGGACUCCGAGUUCUUGCUUUGGCUUCUGGUCCUGAUCUGGGGCAACUGACAUUUCUUGGCCUGGUGGGCAUCAUCGAUCCUCCAAGAACUGGUGUGAAAGACGCUGUGGCAACACUCAUUGCCUCUGGGGUGUCCAUCAAAAUGAUCACGGGGGACUCGCAGGAGACUGCCGUUGCUAUAGCCAGCCGUCUGGGAUUUUAUUCCAAAACUUCUCAGUCAGUCUCGGGAGAAGAAAUUGAUGCAAUGGAUGUACAGCAGCUCUCACAGAUAGUACCACAGGUUGCCGUGUUUUACAGAGCCAGUCCAAGACACAAGAUGAAAAUUAUUAAGUCUUUGCAGAAGAACGGGUCAGUCGUGGCCAUGACAGGAGAUGGAGUAAAUGACGCAGUCGCUCUGAAGGCUGCAGACAUUGGAGUCGCGAUGGGCCAGAGCGGCACAGACGUCUGCAAAGAGGCUGCUGACAUGAUCCUGGUGGACGACGACUUCCAAACCAUAAUGUCAGCAAUUGAAGAGGGUAAAGGGAUUUAUAACAACAUUAAAAACUUUGUUAGAUUCCAACUAAGCACGAGUAUAGCAGCAUUAACUUUAAUCUCAUUGGCUACAUUAAUGAACUUCCCUAAUCCUUUGAAUGCCAUGCAGAUUUUGUGGAUCAAUAUUAUCAUGGAUGGCCCUCCAGCUCAGAGCCUUGGAGUUGAGCCAGUGGAUAAAGAUGUCAUUCGUAAACCACCGCGCAACUGGAAGGACAGCAUUUUGACCAAAAACUUGAUCCUUAAAAUCCUUGUUUCAUCAAUCAUCAUUGUUUGUGGGACUCUGUUUGUCUUCUGGCGAGAGCUACGAGACAAUGUGAUCACACCUCGAGAUACAACGAUGACGUUCACAUGCUUUGUGUUUUUUGACAUGUUCAAUGCAUUAAGCUCCAGGUCCCAGACCAAGUCGGUGUUUGCCAUCGGACUCUGCAGUAAUAAGAUGUUCUGCUACGCGGUUCUCGGCUCCAUCAUGGGACAGUUACUGGUCAUUUACUUUCCCCCACUUCAGAAAGUGUUUCAGACUGAGAGCCUUAGCAUACUAGAUCUCCUGUUCCUUGUGGGCCUCACCUCAUCCGUGUGCGUGGUGGCAGAGAUCAUAAAGAAGGUGGAGAGGAGCCGAGACAAGGUGCAGAAGCACGGGAGUGCAGCCCCAUCGUCCUUUCUGGAAGUAUGAUGCAUAUUGCAUUCUUUUAUUUGCAAACUGAGAACUGCAGUCCGAGCAUGACUUGGAAGGGCAAGUUCCCGAGGGUGAAUGAGGACUGGAGAACUUCUCAAAUUUCACUCACUCACAAGGAGCACUGUUCAAGGCUGGGUUUGGGCCGACCUAAGUGAAAUUACAACACAGCUCUUAAUUUAGAUGGGCCUUUACAAGUGAGUGGACUCAAAAGCAUAUGGGCAGUUAUUUAAUUUAUAAACAGGCAAUGCCUGAACCACCGUCUGCACUUAAUGAGGUCUACCAUACACACAAUCUAUCUUGAUAGAUGUAAAUUUUUUUUAAUUUUUAAAUAUUGUACUAUUUAUGGUGGUGGGGAUUUCUUACUAAUAAAACAGUAAUAAAUGUUAAUCACUUCAGAGGCAUUCUGUUGGUUUAGGUGUCCAGUCCAGGAGGGCCACGUGUCAGCUGCAGUUUUCUGUUUCCUGCACUGUAAGCAGCUGCGAGACCUUGUACAACCAUUUUUGUAUCACGUUUUUGCACAGGAUGUGACCACUGUCAGAUCACUGUUUUGUUCUUUUUGUGACUGAAAAUCCUAUACAGCAAUUUGAAGUAAAUGUUUGCUUUUCUUAGUAA